UGUUGCAGUGGUCGUAGUGGCCGGAGCAGAAGUGGCCGCUGACAGGUUACAACUGCAGAAGUGAUGUGUUUAUUUCUCGCAAGCAGACGACGGAAAUGGCUGCAACCAGUUUAGAUGAUGAGAAAUUCGUCCGAGAUAAAACGAAUGCGAAUGUGAAUAGAGACAGUGCUCCAGCUUGUGGUUUUUGUGUUGAUUGUUGUGCACACACAUUUAUCAACUUAAAGAAAAACUUCAGCAUUGGGAGGAUCUCUCUGCACUUCACAAUGGAAGCAACCUCCAUCCCCGAUAAAAUUUUUAAAUUUGAAUCUUUCGUCAACGAUGUUUUGAAAGAAGACUUAAAAAGACUUGAAAAUCGCCUUACUGAAGUCAACAGUGAAAUAGCUGAAUACGUUGAGUUGAAGAAUAUGAUACACACCAUUGAAGAGGCAGAUGUUGGACCAGAUGGGUUUAAAACAAAAGUUGAUAUAGGUUGCAAUUUUUAUAUGCAAGCCAACGUUCCAGAUCCUUCCAAAUUGUUUGUAGACAUAGGUUUAGGUAACUAUGUCGAACUUCAGUCAGGCGAAGCUCUUAAAUUUUGUGAAAUGAGGAUAGAAUUACUGUCAAAAAAGGGCAAACUUAUUCAAUCUGAAUGUGCUAAAACCAAGGGUCACAUAAAACUAGUUUUACAUGGUAUUAGUGAAUUAAGUAAAUUUCCUCAGGUGCUUACCAAAUAAAAAUAUGGUAACAUCA